AACUUCUCUGCUCCUCACUCUCAAUCUGUUGCUGACUUGGAAGCGUGGUACUGUAGUUAUGAACAGUCGGACUCUGCCCUGUUUAUUUUGUCAGGAACUUCAGUCUGUUGUCAUUCAGAGAGGAAGCUGAGAAGGAAGAGGAAAUGGUAACUCAAGUCAGCCAGGAAAAGAGCCAAGGUGCAGCUGGAGAAGCAGCAGAGGGUGAGGAUGAUGAGGCUGCGGAGGGGAAUGCGAAUGGUGAUGAAGAGGAGUAUGACUCUGAUGAGAGGCAGGAAAUGAGGGAGAGGAUCUCUAAGAAGCUGAAGAAGAUGGAGGACGAGAAGAAGAGUACAGACCCCAGCGAGGAGGACAGAGGAAAGAGGGCCAACCGCAGGGAUGAGCUUCGUCAAGCGGCUCGCCAAUUGAAGAAGGAUCUACAGGCCAUCAAAAAGAGGAGAGAAGACAUUGCCAAUCCUCCAAAGAACGAGGAAGAAGGCGAGGAUCACAAUCUCCAUGAGGUGCAGUAG